GAUCCCGGAGCGGUGAUCCCGGGAAUUAGGGGAUCCUGGAAUGCGGGGAUCCGGGAAUGAGGGGAUUCGGGAAUGAGGGGAGCCCUGGAAUGAGGGGAUCCGGGAAUGAGGGGAUCCGGGAAUGAGGGGAUCCGGGAAUGAGGGGAUCCCAGAUCGGGGAUCCCAGAGGGGUGAUCCCGGGAAUGCGGGGAUCCGGGAAUGAGGGGAUCCGGGAAUGAGGGGAUCUGGGAAUGAGGGGAUCCCGGAGCGGUGAUCCCGGGAAUGAGGGGAGCCCGGGAAUGCGGUGAUCCGGGAACGCGGGGAUCCCGGAUCGGUGAUCCCAGAUCGGGGAUCCCAGAGCCGUUUCCCGAGCGGCAGGGUCACGGUCCCGGGGCUGGGCAUUCCCGGAUCCGUUCCCUGCGGGAUUUAUCGCAGCUGGGCUUUGGGCUCCUGUGCGAGCUCCGUGUGUCGGGAGCGGCUGUCCCUGCCAGAGCUGGCUCUGCUCUCCAGCCACGGCUGCAGUUUGGUUUAGCCAGUGGUUUGGACACCCGACUGGUCUGGCUCUUCCAUAAAUCCCGGCACAGGGGUGUACAGCCCGAGCUCCGGGAAGCAGCUCAGGGGAAAAACUGCCCGAAGGUACAGGGAGUCUUUCCCUGAGCUCCUGAAAUCCUGGGCUGCACAAUCCCCUCUGCAGUCAGGUGGAAACUCAUGUUCCCUACACAUCAGUUUUGGGAUGGAUCCAGGUAAAUCCUUGGGUGUGCCCUGGCUGUGCAGACCUUCCAUACAGAGACCCACACAGCCUGCAGCUCGAGGAGCUGAACGCUGGCUGGUGGAGCUUGUUUGAAUCGUGUCUCUGUGAGAACGAGCAGGAAAAUGAACUUUCCUGGAGUGUUUUCUGUGCUCUGGUCGGGGAUGCAGUGCUGGCACUGAAUCCUCUGGGAGCUGCUCAGUGUGAGAGGCUGCACAGCUGCCCCUGAACCAGACCUGCUUAAGCUCAGUGUUAGACCUGCUACAGCCAGCUUAGACCAGGAGAGCCUCAAACUGGGGCAGAUCAGCUUGAGGGCAAAGGAAGCCCCUAGUUAAAUACUGCAGGAAGGGCCAGUUCUCGUUCCUGGAGCGCCUGUGGCCGUGGCCCAUCGCCUUCCCUGUGCUCUUCCCUUGUUCCCAGGCCAUGGAUUCUCCCUACGCCAACGGAGCGUACAGCCCCCCGUACCCGCACUACGCCAGCCUGCCGCAGGCACGGGGCUUCUGCUGCUCGGGGCCCCCGCGCAGCCCCUACCCCACAGAGCCCGCGGGCUUCUACCGGCCCCCAUCGCCCGCUCCCGCCUGGAGCUACGGCCCCCCGGAGUGUCCCCCCGAGGGCUCCGCGCUCCGCAGGCAGCAGGUCCCCGGCUACUCCCCGCCACAGACCCCUGGAAUGCCGAUGCCGCAGUACCCGUAUGGAGACAGCAGUGCAGGGCUCCCGGGGCAGGGCCCGGUGCCACAGCCCCGAUCCCUGGAGGACACGUGGGGUCCCCACUCUGUCUUUGGGGUGCAGCCGCGUUACGCCUGGCCCGCGGCCUCGGGCCACGGCAGCCUCUACGUGUCGGAUUCACAGCCACCCUGGAGCGGCAGCGGGGCCCCUUCCCACCCUCCCACCUGGGAGUCACAGGGACAGGACUCUGUCUACGACAGACCUGAGCAAAGCCCCAACCAACGCAGUUACUAUUCUGAUGUCAGCCAGAGGCACUCUGGGGUGAGGAACGAGCACAGGAUAGCCAAGGCUGCCCCGUCCCAGCCGCGGGUGCAGUACAGUGCCCAGCCCCAGCUCUAUGACCUCGCUCCACGGAAGCCCAGGAGCCGGGAGCUGGGCUUCAAACCUGCUGAGCAGCCUUCCACAAACCCUGCAGCCAUGCAGCCUGAGAUUCAGAGGAUCCUCCACGUGAUGGGGGAGGCUGAACAGCUGGAGGAAGAGGUGGAAGAAUUUGUAGGGAAAAAGACAGAUAAAUCCUACCGGCUCCUGGAGGAGAUGUUGACCAAGCUGCUGCUGGAGCUGGAUUCCAUUGAGACUGGGGGCCAGGACAGUGUCCGGCAGGCCAGGAAAGAGUCCGUCCACAGAAUCCAGGCCAUACUGGAAAAACUGGAAAGAAAGGGGCUGUGAAAGCACAUGAGCCACAACACACAGCCUGUUGGUGAGGUUCCAAAGAGUUUCAGUUCUCUUAAAUCUCAGCUCUUUCUGCUACGCACUAUUGACAAUGGAAUAGCAAUAAGCCCUGAGUUAACAAAUCAAUUCAAACCCACCAAAAAGCCAGCCCAGAAGCCCAGCCCUGACGAACAACUCAGCAAAGGACAAAUUGCGAGAGGUUUGAAGCAGCAAAAGUAUUUAAUGAAGAUGUUGAAGAGAGCUGGGCCAGGGAUGGAGCCCUGUGGGGUUGUGUACAGUUCCCCAGAGCAGGCCCAAUCUCUGGGUGUCUCCUACAGCUGCAGCCAGUCUUUCAACACUCAUCAGCUGUGCUGCAAUGUGCAGCCAGCAACCAAGACUCUGGGUUUGUCCUCACUGCCUGUAAUUUCAGCUUCAGCUCCCUUGCCAUAAACCCCGUGUGUCCUCACAGGGGUUGUUUGGGUUUAGUGCACUCAAGGAGCAACACUGAGGUUCUGGAGGGAGGGACUGUGCUGGCACAUGUCACCUUGUGCUGUCCCUCCUGUGGUGCAGAGCCAGUGUGAGGUUCCCUGUGGGAACAGACUGGGAAUCCCGGUUCUGCCACUGGAAAGGAGAAGUGCAAGUCAAGGAAAGAACAAAUGCAGGAUGCUUGCAAGUGAUUUCCAGGUCACUUGGUUCAAAAUCCCCUGUUGAAUGUCCCUCUCCAUCCUGCGAGUUUUGUGUCCCACUGUGCAGCACCACGGAGGGAACAGCUUGGCCUGUCCCAGCCUCCUGGUCACCACCUGCACAGAACUCACUGCUGUGUGUGACACUUAAUAAACCCUGACAACUUUUAAAUGUUAUUUUGUAA